UGGAGCGAAAACGCCGUGAGAGAAUGAACGCGAGUAUUGACCGGCUUAAACUCCUCAUCGCCGACACCAUCCGGCAACAGAUGGCGCCGAUGACUCGCGUAGACAAGGCGGACGUCCUGGAACUCACCGUCUUCCACCUGACGCGGCUGCAGCAGCAUCAACGCGCCGCCAGAGUUGCCUCUGAGGCCACCGCCGCCUCCUACAAUGCCGGUUUCCGGGACUGCGCACGGGAGACCGUAACCCUCCUCGGCGCCACCAACGCAACCGAUACAAGCCUGACAACCAGCGUGAGCGACCAUCUCCACGGCGUGUAUGUAGAAAAGACGAAAUCGGCCGAGGAGAAUCGGCUUUUGGAAACAAAGUUUCAGGCGUCGUCUUCUCAAGCUUAUCCAGCCCAGGACCAGCACAUGUUCAUGUCCACGCCAAGAAGAGCUGAUGACCGAAUGGACGGCGACGUGGAGAUCCCGGAGUUCUCACCGAUCUCACGACUUUUAGAAGGCCAGUGUGCCGUCAGUAUUCAUCACUCCAGUUCUUCCGGUUCAAGCUUCCGAAGUGACGAGUCCGGGUUUUCCAGCCUCAGUGUGUCGUCUGGCGCCCAGUCGCAUGACUCUAUAGCAUCUGAUGGCGAGAUUUCCAUUGGUCAAAACACGGAAGACAAAAUAGGUCACGUGAUCAAAGACAAUGUGUGGCGCCCGUGGUAGAUGUAGAUUGUUUUUGUUAUGGCUGUUAUUGAAUUUGUUACUGAGAUAUUGAAAAUUUAAACAUUAUUUGUCCCUAUUCCGGAAUAUACAUUCUAUUUGAAAGUGUACAAUAAUUACAUAUUUAUAUACUGACAAAACUCGCUAUGUCCAAGGCGUUGGGACGUAAGAAAAAACUUCGAGUCUCGCUAUGUCGAAGUCGUUGGGACCUAAGAAAAAAACUUCGAGUAAACGAGCAUUCGAUAUAACCGAAAUACGAAAAGUGUAUGAGCUAACAGAAAUAAAUCGAAAAAAGUUUGAUUUAACCAGAACAUCGAGUA